CAGCCCCGUCUCCCUCCGCCCUAUAUAAGGCGCAGACGGCGGCGGCGGGGCUCCCGACUCCGCAGUGUGCGAGGGGGCGAGGCUGGGCGGGCGGCGCAGCUACCUGAGCGGCCUCUCCCCCGCGUCUAGCCAGGGCCUACGCCGCCGAGCGGAGCCACCCGCCUCCUGCCGCUCUCUCCUCAGCCCCCAGCCAGGCCGCGCGGCCGGCCCCGGCGGAGCCAUGAGCUCGGGCACCCCCUACAUCGGCAGCAAAAUCAGCCUCAUCUCCAAGGCGCAGAUCCGCUACGAGGGCAUCCUCUACACCAUCGACACCGAGAACUCCACCGUGGCGCUGGCCAAAGUGCGGUCAUUUGGUACUGAAGACCGUCCCACAGACAGACCUGCUCCUCCAAGAGAAGAGAUUUAUGAAUACAUAAUUUUCCGGGGAAGUGACAUCAAAGACAUUACUGUAUGUGAACCUCCUAAAGCUCAGCAUACUCUGCCUCAGGAUCCUGCUAUUGUCCAAUCUUCACUGGGCUCUGCCUCUACAUCAUCCUUCCAGCCACAUGUGCCUUAUAGUCCAUUUAGAGGCAUGCAGCACUACAGCCAGCUUGCUGCCAGCUCUUUACUUAGCCAGCAAUAUGCAGCUUCCUUAGGUUUAGAGAAACUGGUAAGCCCUCCAACAUCAGCAGCUGCUUCCAGCCCUAGCUCUUCUCCGUCUCCACAACCUGUUUCAGAACCUGACAUGUCUUCUGAGCCACAUCAGCUCUCUUCCAAGGGUAACAGCAGUUUGAGGACUCCAAAUGUUUGGAAGAACCUGCAUGGUACUGGCUUCCCAUUGGUUCACCCCAUACGCAAAAGCCCCAUGGUGGAGCAGGCUGUUCAGACUGGUCCAGUUGAUAACAUGAAUCAAAAAAAGCCACCUCCAGCAAAAGUAGUUUCCGGGAUCCAACGCAAUGGAAGGCAGAUUCCGCAAAGUAGUAAGACAAAUGACACAGUUCAGCCACCACCUGUGCAAACUCAAGGCCAGGUGAAUGAUGAAAACAGAAGACCUCAAAGGAGAAGAUCGGGAAACAGGAGAACCAGAAAUCGUUCUAGAGGACAAAAUAGACCAGCCACUGUGAAGGAAAACACAAUAAAGUUUGAAGGUGACUUUGAUUUUGAAAGUGCAAAUGCACAGUUCAACCGAGAGGAACUUGAUAAAGAAUUCAAGAAGAAACUGAACUUUAAAGAUGACAAAGCUGAGGCAGGGGAAGAAAAGAGUGAUCCUGGAGUAGCAUCUCAGAAUGAUGGCAAUGCAGAUGAAGACCUCCUUGGACCCAAUUGCUAUUAUGAUAAAUCAAAGUCUUUCUUUGACAACAUCUCUUCAGAACUAAAAUCCAGUUCCAGGCGUACAACAUGGGCUGAAGAAAGAAAGCUUAAUACAGAGACAUUUGGCGUGUCUGGCAGGUUUCUUCGUGGACGUAGCUUUCGUGGUGGAUUUCGAGGUGGAAGGGGUAGUGGAGCAGCACGGCGAAACCAAACAACUCACAGAGCUGGUACUGGAAGAGUGUAAUGGAGGCUCUAAAUUCCUCUGCCAUGAAGAUGAAAAUUAUGUAUAUAGGAUGAAAACGAACUGCUGUACCAAUGUGGGAUAAGAAUAAGUCCUUGUUUACUGUCUGAAAGUCAGUGACAGAAGUUCAUGUACUACUGCUUGUAUUUUGGGCUUCAGCUUAAUUUGAACCAGCAUCUGAGAGCUGGCAUAUUUUUGGAAGAGGGAAUGUGUUCAGGGUUAUCUUCUUUGGAGUCUUUUUUUUUUUCUUCCCCCAAAGUGCAGGCUAACUUAAAAUAUGGUUCUUCUUUCUGGGACUCUAUAAGGUUGCUGUAGUUGAAACAAAGUAAAACUCCCUUUCUGUACCCUGAAGAUCAUGCUAUUUUAACUUUCUUUAAAACCGAACCAAAGCUCACUGGAAGUAAACCAGUUAACUUGUUUGUUCUGAGCAACCAAAUGUACCCUUUGCUGCUGCUGAUCUCUCAUUGUUAAGGCAGCGUAACUUCAGUAGCAUGUGGUCUGGAAAUAGAUUUCCACUGCUGAAGGGGUUAUGUAUAGUGUGACUUGGGGAUACUGGGUGGCUGCUGAUCAUGUGACAGUGUAAAAAUGUGUACAGUUAUUUGCAAGUCCACUACUCUUUCGGGGUACUGCAUGAUUCCAUGCAAUGGCACAAAAUCAGUCACUUGGGCUGUCUCUGAAGUCCUGUUUGGAGGAAAAAGCCCAAAGCCUCUAACUAGCCAGGUUCUAUGUAGGGAAGAGUGCUAUGCUGUAUAUCCUCACUCAUUAAAAGAGUGCUAGAACAGCAAAUGAUCUCCUACAUGCAGUGUUAAAUACUCCAUGAAAUGUUCUUGCGGUAGCUUACCUGUAAACUAAGCAAGAAUAAAGAUGGAGAAACCUCUGAAAAGGAGCAAUUUGAGGGAUGGCUUAUGACUUAUUGCCCCCUAACAGUACCAGAUUGUGUAAACAGUAUACACUGCAAACAGCUUUAUGUACACUAGUAGUACUCUGUGAUGGAACACUAUAGAAUGUUGCUUUCCCUAAACUAAAAGGGCAGCCCAUGUAAUGAAGCUUAUCGGAUGGGUGUUUUUAAUUUGUUUUCUCUAACCCCCAAACUGUAAAUAGUUUCUUUUUUAAGAGGUGUGGGGGGAAUUGGGGGGAGGGGUUAUAAACUUGUUUGCAUGAAUAAGUGGGUUAAGCUCUUAGUUAUUAGGCGUGUUCCUUUCAUGGUUGGUGGGGAAUUUUGUUGAAAAAGCACUUUGAUAACUGAACCCAUUACAAGCCAGAAUUUUAAUUUAUGCAUUGACUAAGUUACUGUAAAAGCUUGGAUUUAUUUUUGUUAGGACUUCAUUGUUAAGAAUUAGAACAGAGCUGUCCCAUUGCUAUGGAGUAAUGUAAAUUGUAAUAAACAUGUAUAUGUUUAACACUU